UAGCCCGGGGUGACAGCCCCGUCCCCCGCCGCGGGAGAGACCCCAAAUCCCAGCUGUGGGGCGAGAGCCUCAUAGGCAGCUCCCUGAUCCGCAGCCACGGGGGAGAGACCCCGAUUCCCAGCCCCAAAUAUCUGCCAAGCGGCGGACUCAGCCCACUGACCGGGGCGAGACCCUCUGCAGCCCCCUACCCAUCCGGGGUGGAGCCACCCUUAGCUCCCCAGUACUUCGUCAGAGGGCGCAGAGAGACACCCUCCCCCAUCCCUCCAGAUCUAAAAUAGACGAGGAGACACCCCCUCCCCCAUUUUUCCCAAGCCCAGCCAGACAGUCAGUGGGGAACCUCCAGGAGAGAGACCCCUUAUGUCCAUCGGGGACAGAGCAACCCCUCAAAUACUUAGCCAGAAAGAAGCAAAACACCAAAUAGUUACCCAGUAAUUAAUUAACAACCAUUCAGUACCCAACAAGAAAGUAAGGCCUGGGGAAGAGACACCUCUCACCGACUGGCAGUGCCUAGAACACAGUUUUAGAUACCAACCUGGCAAGGGGCACUCCCCCCUGAAAGAGGAAAUAUCUUCACACUCCUAUAAAGAGACUGUCCCAGUAUCCCAUGUAAGGUGGGGGAGAAACACCUGCCAGCCAGCCACCAGGGAAGAGAAUAGAGACUUCCCUGAAAUAUUCACAGUUAGCAAGAGGAACUCCCCCAGAGAAGAGGGAGAUUUGCCUGCCCCAAAAGGGGACGUGAACCUAUAGGGAAGAGAAAAGGGACCCCCAGUUAGGGAGGGAAGGGGGAAUUGAUCUCCCAUAUAACCAGAAAGCCAGUGGGGAGAAGAAAACAGUAUCUCCCCAGAGUGACAGCCCUUAAAUAGUUAGCUAUUAAAGAAGAGAGAAAGGAGGAGAUCCCUAUCCUAGGAUACCACCAGCAAUUUAGGGGGCAGCCAACCCCAAGCAGAUCAUUCUACCUCUCAGGGUCCCGACUUCAUCCACAAUCCCCUCCCUCUCAAAAUCUGAAGAAGAUCUUGGAAUAGCUGGCAGCAAUGCUCUGAGGAUGGAGUCCAGGGGAGGAGUGUGAAGGGCAGCACCCCAAAAACCAGUGCUGGAGAUAACGCCCCCCUCCCUACAGAAAAUCUUCCAGACAGAGGAGACAGUGCGGCUUCCGGCAUCAUGGCCUCUGACCUGGAAAGCAGUCUCACUUCCAUAGACUGGCUCCCCCAGCUCACCCUGCGAGCUACUAUUGAGAAACUAGGGGGUUCCUCGCAGGCGGGGCCCCCAGGGGCUGCCCGGAAAUGCCCCCCAGGUUCCCCCACUGACCCCAACGCCACCCUGAGUAAGGAUGAGGCUGCAGUGCACCAGGAUGGGAAACCGCGCUACAGCUAUGCCACUCUGAUUACCUAUGCCAUCAACUCGUCGCCUGCCAAGAAGAUGACACUUAGCGAGAUCUACCGUUGGAUCUGCGACAACUUCCCCUACUACAAGAACGCUGGCAUCGGAUGGAAGAACUCCAUUCGCCACAACCUGUCUCUGAAUAAAUGUUUUCGAAAGGUGCCUCGACCGAGGGACGAUCCUGGGAAGGGUUCUUACUGGACAAUAGAUUCCUGUCCAGAUAUCUCCCGCAAGAGGCGGCACCCUCCAGACGAUGAUUUAUCACAGGACUCCCCAGAACAAGAGGCAAGUAAGAGCCCACGGGGGGCUGUCCCAGUCAGCACAGAAGCCUCUCUGCCCCCUGAGGCUACCCCUCAGCUAUCACUGCAGAGCACCACACCCAUUGCCAACUACAGUCAGCAGGGCACAGGGCCCGUGGAUGUGGCAGCCACUGUGGCGGGAGGGCAGGGCCGUGAAGGGGCAGAUGUGCCACCCCCGCUCUACAGUACUAACCACGACUUCAAGUUCUCCUACUCUGAGAUCAACUUCCAGGACCUGAGCUGGUCUUUCCGAAAUCUCUACAAAUCCAUGCUGGAGAAAUCGUCCUCUUCCCAGCACGGUUUCUCUUCUCUCCUUGGCGACAUGCAGCCCUCCAAUCACAACUACUACAUGUACCAGCAGCAGCAGGGCCCCUCAUCAGUGGGGGCUGCUCCCCCACUCCACACCCCAAGCCCAGAGGGCUGUCCACCCCAGGGGGGCAAGCAGCAGGGUGGCGAUGGCUAUGGCCCCCCACCUGUGAUGUCCAUGCACCCACCCCCGAUGCAGCAUGGAGGGUACCACCAGCACCAGCAGCACCACCCGCACACCCACCCACAGCAACAGCAGCACCAACACCAGCAGCACCAGCAGUCACAGGCUUCAAUCAACAACGCUGGCUUUGCAUUCCCCCCUGAGUGGUGCUCCAACAUUGACUCGCUGAAGGAAAGCUUCAAGAUGGUGAACCGGCUGAACUGGUCUAGCAUUGAACACUCCCAAUUCUCAGAGCUGAUGGAGAGCCUGCGCCAGGCUGAGCGGAAGAACUGGACCCUGGAUCAGCACCACAUUGCCAACCUCUGUGACUCCCUCAAUCACUUUCUCACCCAGACUGGUCAGCUCCCUCACCUGGGGGGCCCUCAGCAGCCCCCCCGAAUCUCUGAUUCUUGCGCCCUGAAUAGUGGCAAGCAGGAGCAGUCCAUGAACCAAGUGAACUCUUAUGGUCAGCCUCAGCCUCCCCAUCUCUUCUCCGGGCCAUCUCCUAUGUACCAGAUUUCCACCCAGGACAAUCCAGGGUAUAAUCGCCCAGCUCACCAUCUGGUCCCCCGGCCUCCAGUCCCUCCUCCAGGCGCCAAUGAGGAAAUCCCCGACGAUUUCGACUGGGACUUGAUCACCUAGCGUGUUACAGACUCGAGAGCCCGUCCCUUGUGAGGGACUUGGGGGGGAAGGGGGGCAUGGGGUGAAAGGUCGCAGGUCCAGCUGCCCAUGCCUCCCUGCCUUGCCUGUAUAUAGAUAUAUAUUCUCUCUCUGCGCCAGAGAAGACACCGCAAGAUGCUGCCGAAGAUAAUCCUUCCUUGCGUCCUGUUUUACCUUCUUUUUUUUCUUUUGUUCAUUAUUAUUAUUAUUAUCAGUAAUCGAGCACGGCCCUCCCCCACUGGCCUCGGACACAUCAGAUCGGCUUCCCCACAUUGCGUGGUGCCCUGCGUGGGGCGGAGGGUGGAGAGAUGGCUCCCUGGUGCCAUGACAAGACCUCGGAAGGCCGAAACCUCAAGAGCAUCUUUCUCUGCCUCCCUCAUUUUGCGUUUUACAAUCCCUCUUUGCCGGUGAAUCUGUUGUAUUGGCUACCGGAGUGAGAGAGCCUAGUGGACCCUGGGAGCCUGUAAUUAUGUUGUUUCGUAAAUGUUGUAAAGGUCAGGGGCUCAAAGGGACAUUGGAGGGGUGAUUUUAGCUUCGUGAUCGUUCUCACACCAGCAAGGGACGGCAAGAGAAGGAGGGAAGACCCUGAAGAUAAAGAAAGCAGAAUCUCUGCGGGGGUGAGAUACAGCUGGGAUUUGGGCCGAGCUGGGAGAGGGAGGCCCUGAGUGCAGAAAAAGGAGAAUUUCUAGCACAGAUGCAUUUGGGAAUCAGAGAACACUGCCGUUUGUAAGGAGAUCAGAGGGAAUCCUGACCUGUUUUCUAGGCUGACUUCUGCAGUCUCUGGGAAUGUGAAGCCCACCCGUCAAGUAGGGGAAGCUCAGCAGGUGUAUUUUGCACAAGCAUUGGGGGGAUUGGAUACAGCACAUCAAAUAAAAUUCCCUGAGGCUUUUAACGUCACCAUUUCCCCCCCCAUCGCCAUCCCUACAAAUAUGCAGUGAGGCUUUUAUUUGCAUCUCCAAAGAAGACACAUGCAAAUUAGGAAGCACUCCCCCUACCCCCUCAGUUCUUGUUCAGUUAGUUAUUUCCCCCAUUAAUUUCUUUGGAGACUGUCCUUGCCUGUGGUGUAAGGAUGCAAGCAAAGGGAGUCUUGUCUGAAUAAAUACCCGGUCGGUGGUUCCCAUUUGGGGAGUGAACCAAGGGUGGAAAGAAGAAGCCACUGCUCAGAGUUGAGGGAGAUUUGGGGACUUGUAGGUUAGAGAUUGGAGUCAUCCCCCUCCCCCCAGUUGAAGAGGUGUGAGGCGUCACAGUUGUUAUGUUUCAGAAGCACCGAUGACAGGACAGGAGGUGUGGGGUAGAUAUUUAAACUGCACAGCCAAAGUGAGGAAUGGGGAGGAUGGGUCAGACCCCUCACACGUCAGCUGGAGAGAGAGGGUGAAGAGUCGGUACAUCCCAAAAUCCAGACUCUGUGUGAGCACUUGCAAAGCAGGAAGAAGAGCUGUUGAAGCAGGAAUGAGUGUUGAGUUGCCCUUCCCCCAGCUGUGUCCCCCGGCUGUCCCCCUGUUUCUAGCGUGGCUCUGUUCUGUCAAACCUCAUGUUUCCUCUUUCUGUUUUGUAACCCCCUAGCCCCUGUUUAUCGGUGAGGGGAACCAAGUUGGAAGCAAACCAUCAUGGGGACUCAACAUCCCAAGGGUGGGGGAGAUAAUUUAGCAUCGCUUUAGAAUUUGCUGUUGAGAUAAACCAAUUGGAUCUUUGUCGGGAAGAUGGACAGUCUUGGAUUUGACGGGGGGUGGGGGGUACUAUUUUUUGUUGUUGUUGUUUUUUUUAAGUGGGGGCGGUCAUCAUUGAGCAUUCCCAAGAGGAGUGGGGAAUCCCAGAGCCGACUUCAGCAUGGAGUUAGCCAGCGGUUCUGUCUGCUGCCCAGGAUGCGACUGAUAAGACCAGGAAGCCAUGUUCAGCUGGGUUUCUGUGGCAGACAGCAGCAGAGAUGACCUCCCUCCGGAUGCCACUCAGUGCUUUGCUGGGGAUGUUUCCAAGAGCCGGGCCUGUGGAAGUUGUUCAGAAGGCUGCUUGGCCUUUCAGAGAACCCUGAAAACAAACCAAGAUGGCUCCUUUGUGUAGUCAAGUGCUCCUCACUUGCAUAUUCAUUUGCCUUGUUUGCAUAUUCAGUUGCGCCUCAUUUGCAUAUGUAAAUAUAUGCCGGUCAGUGUGCAAAUUAGCCUCGCCCCUCACCCUUGAAAUACUGUGCAUCAUUUGUGGGCAAGAUGGCAUCGGAUUGGACACAUGGAGUCAAAGGGCUUCGCACUGGAACUGCACUGCAAGCUGGUGACAUAGACUGUCAGGAGUGAAGGGAUGCAGUCAACGGGGAUCAGCCUGCAAGUGAGAGGAGUCCCUUGCACACCCUUGCACUGUGGUGUGGCCCAUGAUGCUUGUGUCAAAGAGAGAGGAGAGGGGGUGUGGCCUCACAAGUUUAUUUUUGUGCAUGCUUUCUUAAUAAAAACAAAAAGUGAAUGUUUAUGGUUUAA